AUGGAUUCUGAUGAAGCGGAGAAUAGCCAGAACUAUUAUCGGGUCCAUGAUUAUUCACUCCACGCUUUACCUCCAUCCUCUACGUUUCACCCGGGCAACUCGAACAAAUCCUUCAAAACUUCCAAUACAAUAUUACAAUGCGCCAACACCUCGGACGUUUCACGAUCGCCGACAUCAAUGCAAGCCAACUUGAAGAGUAAAAUUCCAUACGAUACUUUUGGAGAGACUGCAAUCGAGAGGAUUUACUCCGAAUUUCGGUUUCUCGAUGAUUGUAAUUCGCCUUCCUCGUCGGGACAGGCUAUUCUCAAGCCUCGUGCAGGCACCCCCGAAGAUCGGCCGCGCUGUGGCUCCUUAAUGAAGCGAUUCGCUAUUGGAACAGGUCCGGUCGUUCAAAUCGUAAUGGCGCUCGGCUACUUAUUCUUUGCGACGCUGCGCUACGCCGAUCUCUUCCAGGAACGAGCUAUUUCAAAUCUGCUACUUGAUUUGAAUAAGCCAGAGGAUUUUGCCGCGACUACGGAUGAAGGGGCCACAAUAAUCAAGUUAAGGGCAGGAACUUCAUUAGUGGUGCCCUCAUUUCUGCAAAUAGGAUCAGCAUUGCUUGGCUUUUGGCCCUUAGCCAGCCGACAAAGACAAGGAAUGAUGAUUGGACACAUUGCGUUAUCAUCACUCGCAAUACUAUUUUGGUUUGAUGCGCUAAAUAGUGGCGCUCUGGAGCUAAACAUACGAUAUGUACAGCUCGGACAGACGAUCGGUCGCGACGAAUCUAUCGUAUAUUUGAUCGUUGCUAUUCUGCUGUAUUUUCAGGUCCUUUAUAUGCCCACAAUAACUAUGGGAUUUACGAUGAUUAGCUUGUUUACUAAAUGGCGUUUCAGAAGGAGUUCGGGCCCAUCAUUUGGUGUAGUCGUGACGGGCCUUGUCAUCGCCAUACUCGCUGCUGCAGCUGUGUCAACGGCUGUAUACGCCGCUUCCAGGUCACUGACCAACAUUGACGAGUGGCCUGCUAAUACUGCGGGAAAUCCUGGAGCACUCUACGCGUUCGGCUUAUUGGAGGCAAUAGUUGGAGCGUAUAUUGUAAGCGCAAGUUGGAGCUCACUAUUAUGCAUCACGAUUCAUUCAAAACGUCUCUUCCCAAUGGCAAUCUUGCUCAACGCGACUUGCUUGCUAGUUCUAUUGGUCCACAUUUUGACCCCAUCACGCCUAUUGUCAGUUCCGCAUGCUAUCCGUGUGCUAAUCGGUAUUCCAAAAAGCUAUCCGGUUAGCCACGCCUGCAUCUUGAUCCUCUACGGAACUGAAGUUGCCUUGGCAAUAAUGAUGAUGGUCCAGUUUAUCCUAUCGUUCGCUCAGAUUGAGACAGAAACCGGAGGUGGCUCACGUUCGACCGACGACGCUACUGAUUGCUCUCAAUUG